AUGGCUGAGCUGCUUAAAAUAUCUGGUGGUGUGGGUUAUGGUCUAGUAACCCAUUUUGUAAAUCAGGUAGUUCAUGCAGAAGUCACACCCAAUGCCUUAGAAAUAGUUACAAAGUGUUUGAAUGCUCUCGCGCUACAUUUUCUGUUGUGUAUUGAAGAUUCUCUUUUUAUUUUUUAUUUUCAGGUUGGGGAGAUUUUCACUGCUGCUGGGGCAGCAUUCAGUAGGUUAGGGGAGCUGACUAUGUCUCUCCAUCCAACAGCUGAACCAAACCCUGCCAGUGGUAAAUGGACAGAGCAAGAAAUAGAACUACUAAAAUCAUCAGUGAAACGGUUUGGAGAAGAUUUGAAUAAAAUCAGUGAUGUCAUAAAAAACAGAACUACGUAAGUUAAACCAUUUUACUA